UAUCUAUCUAUGUCCCCGAGUCCUCUGCGAGUCGACCAUGUUUUGAGGACUUUUUUGCAAACAAGCCGUAGGCCUAAUUUCCUAGCCAUCAAGUAUGUCUCUCAACCAGGUACUCUUGAUUGGCGCGUGUGGAAAUCUCGGAACCCUGGUUCUCAAGCAUCUUCUCUCAUCACCUUUCGCUUUUCGAGUGACUGUUCUUACACGUGCGUCGUCGGUCAAUAGCCAUGUGUUUCCACCGUCCGUCAGGGUCAUCACUGUUUCCGAUGACUACCCUGUUGAUGAAGUGAGAGAAGCUUUCCAAGACAUCGACGUCGUCAUCGCCGCGGUAUCCAUGACUGCAAUGCACCAUCAAUAUAAGCUCAUCGACGCUGCUGUUGCUGCUGGUGUCAAGCGGUAUUUUCCCACUGAGUUCGGCUUGGAUUCCAUUCCCGACUGGCUGCUGGAAUUACGGCCCAUGUUUCGGACGAAGCACGAUGUUCGAGACUACCUCAUCACCAAGGAGAAGGUAGGGUUGUCUUGGACCAGCAUCGUCUGUAAUGUCUUCUUCGAAAUGGGAAUCAAAUCCGGUUUCUUCGGGUUUCUCUGGGACGAGAAGAAGGCCGUGUUGAUCGAUGGUGGCGGAUCAGAGUGGCCUGCAACAACACUGGAAACUGUCGCAAUCGCCAUGGUACGUGCGAUUGAGAAGUCUGAGGACACCAAAAAUAAGGUGUUAUUGAUUCAAGACUUUCCCUGCAGCCAGAAAGAGAUCCUUCAGGCAAUACGAAACAUCACUGGAGACAGGUGGACGGUCGAAAACCGAGUUUACGAAGAGUGGCUGGACGAGGCUAAGAACGAGGUUAGAAGUGGAGACAACAAGGCAUUGACGAAGUUGACCUUUGCGAGUGUGCUUGAGACGGCCAGUGACUGGGAGAGCAGACCCGAGUACGCAAAUCGAAUGCUGGCAUUGCCGACAAAGUCUUUCGAAGUGGCAAUAGCGGAAGCAUUGAAGAAGUGACACUUGGUGCUCUGGAAUUGCAUAUUCCCUCCUUGGCCUACACACAGAGGUUUCCUUCUGCCAGACUAAUCGACGUUGCUGAAGGAGACACUACGAGACUUGACGAGAGGCUUGCGAGCUUCCACAGUCAUUGUUCUAGCCAUUGAGAAAGCUUUGUCGUUGCGGAAACAACGAGAGCAGGACCAAGCUUGUCUUCAUAUUUCAAUACAAGGAACUCGGACUCUCAAAGACGUCUUUGAUGUAUGUUUUAUUUGUUAAGUCAGUCAUUCCCAGGAGUGUUUCUCGACGACAUCGCUGUCCAGCCUGCUAAAGCGCCCUGUACUGGGUCGAUGGUAGGGGCAAAUGACAUGAUAACCUUUUCCUGAAAGGAGAGAC